AUGAUCCCGAAGAGCGAAGGCAAAGAGUAUUCCCCACUCUCGCAGGCUUCUCCCGACCGCAACAUUUCCGAAACGAUCUCGAGAAAUGAAAAUAGCAUAGAUGCGGUUCGAUCGGCAUCUUUACCGCACCUAACAACGACAGUAACGAUGACGACGACGAUGACAAUAAAGACACCAAGAUCCAAGGUAUACCGUAAGACGUCCCUCAGAAACCCGUCUCUCAACUGCGACAUCAUUGGCAGUAGUAUUCUCGAGAAGAAAAGCAUCGUGCGGUACGUAAGUACCGCCGCUCAGGAAAAGAAACAAAAGAGAAGGAAUCUCGCAGAGAGAGAAACGAACGUGAGGAGCGAGAACAAAUGGAAUCUUGAGGACAUCCACAUUACAUGUAAUCCGCUGUCGACGCCGUAUCCAUACUCUACGCCUACAACUGCGACAACCACCACCACUACUAUUUCUAGUAAGACGACGACGGAGAGCGAUGAGGAGCCGAAGAGCCGUAGCUGCGGCAGCUUCUUACCGAUAUUCGCCCUGAUCCCGCAUUCGGUCAUUAGUUUCCAGUAUCUCAGCCCGAAGAUGAAGUUUUCGUGGUGGCGGAAUAAGAUCUCGUGAAGGCACGCGUAAACGCUCAUCGUCGUCGCCGCCGACGUUGUGCGUUGCGACAUCGCUCCAACCUGUUUUAUGAAGAGACAUGUCUCUCUUACUUUAUAGCGAGCUCUCUCUCUGUUUCUUUGCUUGUAUCUCUCUAUCUCUAUUUCUAUAUCACUUCGGGCCAGUCUUCAUCAAUUAGAGAAAUCCCGAGGAAAGAAUCAUCUCGCAAAAUCCAUCUAUAUUGACAUUUGCACGCAUGCAUAUUAGUUAUAACUUUCCGAGGGUCCUACUGUGUCAAAAAACCAAAAAAAAAAAAACCAAAAAAAAAGAACAAAAAAAAUAUGUCACGAUAAUCUUAAUGCAUUUCUGAAACGCGUGGCGUCUUUAAAUAGUCUUCUGACGGGUAUUUAUUGACAACUAUCACAAGAUUUGGUUCCGUGAUGAUGAAGUAUUUAAGAUGUCAAAGUAUAUAAUAUAUAUUAAGAUCUAAAGACUUCGAGAAAUUUAAAACCUAAGAUUUGAUUUUCUACAAGAGCGCUGUACUUUUGUAACAAUAAUCUUUCAAAUCUUUAAAUCUUGCGGAACAAAAAAGGACGCUCACAUAUGUGUUUAUUACAUUUUUGUAUAAAUCUUUUGUGGACGCAUCGUAUCGGAUCCUCUAGUCGAUCGAAGUACCUCCCUUAUACGACGCGCUUUUAUCAUCUUUUUUAGAAUUCACUUCUGGAAUCGAAAUUUUUAUGUUAAUUUAUAUCGAAUAUAUAGAUUUAAAGAUUUAAGUUAUCGUAUCGGCGCUCACGUUUCUUUUCUUCCCUUUACCAGAGAUAUAAAAAUAUUACAAGAUUCUAGAAUAUCUAUAAGUGGCGCAAAAAAAAAUUAAGAAUUUAAAAACUGUAGAACCUAAGAAUCCACAGUUCCUAGAAUCUAACACCUAACGAUCCAAAGACCUUAGAAUCUAAGAUCCUAGAACGUAAGGAUUCAAAGAUUUUAAAACUUAAGAAGACACUUCGACACAUCAUAGAGUGUAAGGAUCCAAACUAUUUUGCAGAAUGCGAGAUUCAAAGCAAAAUCGAGCAUUCGAAGAUUCUAGAAUAUAAGGAUUCGAAAAAAGGAGAUAUAAAAUUUAAGCAUUUAACGAUCGAAUAUAAUAUAAAUCUGAUUUUUCUUCAGCGAAAAUGUAAGACGAACAUUAUUAUUAAUCUUUUAAUUUUCGAGACAUGUACUCGAAAGCAUAAAAGAUAGAGAUUUUAAUAUGUGAGAUUUUUUAGUAUCUUUUUAUUUAUAGCGAAGAGAUAAGGAAAUUUUUUUGUAUCUUGAUCAAUCGUCGAAUUCAAUUUUCUGCUAAAGCAAAGGAAUCUAUCGAGACACUUGAGAGAUCAGAUUUUGUCGUUUAUUUUGCGUAAGAUCGUUACAAUUUUUAUACGCGAUCUUUAAUAUCGCGUAUAAAAAUUAUAUGCGAGGAGAGAAUGAUCUCGUCGAUCAUUCCUUGGAUCAUGUUUAGAAACAGUAUUACAUCGAUGAACUUAUCGAUGUAAUGACAUGACUGUAUCGAUAUAGCAAUUAUACGUCACAGAAUAUAAGAUCAAUUUAACAAUUAUUAGUUGUUGACGGAUGUCGUGAUAUGGAAAAUAGCAUCAGGUUUUCUUUUUUUUUUAGCAUUUUUUGUUCCUACUUUAUAUGUUUCGUUAAUUAAUAUAGUGAUUAUCCUUAUUUAAAUGAAUUAUGAGAAGAAAUAGCGAGUCGCGCACACGCACGUACUUGUUUGCUCGCUCGAGAGUAAUUUUAAUGACAGCUCUCACGAUUGAAUUACUUCAAUUGUUAUAAUUUAUAUCGGGAUUAGCAAUCUGAUGUAUUUUGUUUCUCGCUGCAGUUCUUUGUUCGUCAAAUCGGUGAUCUUGAUUUCUUUUUUUUUCAUACGAAAUUGUACACACAGUGAAAUAUAUUGCAGCUGCUGCAAUGAAAUUGUCAAAGUUGUUUCAUUCGGUCUCUUAUGUAUGUUUUUUUUUCCGAUUUUAAUAAAUCAUUUUCAUAAACGCAUGCCAUUGUCUUUUAUUUUGUCGAAUUUUCUUCUCCUGUCUUUAAUCUUAUAAGAACUUAUCACGAUUUCAAUAAGGAAAGUCUUUCUUUUUCAUUUUUAUCUUAAUUUAUCUUAAUAAAUAAAUAUAUAAAUUUAUAUAAAAUAUCAUUAUAAUAUCGUUUGAAUAAAUUCUCGAAUUACCUUGCACUAUCGACUUGAAUUAUCAUGUUAAAAUUUAAAAAAUCAUAUUUCUCGCCUUUAACAUUAUAAUUCAAUAUAACGUCAAUGAGGGAUCAGAAAUAUGAAGAUUAAUUUCACACUAAUGUCAUAAUUUCAUUAUAUAUGAUAAUUUUCAUUAUAUAUCAUAAUCUUCUUUAUUAUUUUUUGUUUUAUUUUUCCUCAUUGUCUUUUUUUAUAAUGUUAAUUUUAUACUGAUAAUUUUCAUUCUCUAUUUCAUAUCGUUAUCAUCGGAGCCGUUACUAGGCAAUACGUAACGUACAUUCCAGCGUAGGGCGCAAAAUUUUAAUGUCAGUAGGGCCAAUAAUUUUUGAAAUGUUCAAAAACAUAUAAAGAUUGACCGCUCGGUCUGCGAUGAUUACAUUUAUAUCCGGUUAAUCGAAUAUAGGAUUUAGUUUUAAUAAUAAAAAGAGAUUUUAACAACCUCAAUUAUAAGGAUAUUAAAGAAAUAUUAAAAGACUAACAAGAAGACUAGAAAACAUCAUUUUUACAUUGUUUUUAUCUUAUCUUUUUACAAAACGUAUUAUUAAGAAAAAAGGUAUAAAAUAUAUUAACCCUCGAUAAUAUUAAAAUAAAUAAAAAAUAUAUAUAAAAAUAUAAAAAAAUAUAAAAAAGCAAAAAAAAAAUAAAAAAACAGGAAUGUUUUAAACUAUUUUUUUAUUUUUAUUUGCAUUUGCAGCUUCGCGCUGGGGUGCACGAGCAAAUUAUAUUGUAAUGGGACGUCUAAGACAGUCGUAACGGCACCGAUUGUCAUUAAUCAUUAAUUCUAUAUUUCCACGAGUUCUAUUAAAUAUAAAAAAAUAAGAUCAAUCGCGCGCAGUGUAUGAUAAGCGCGGUUAAAGAGAGAGUACAAAUAACAAAUCGAUAUAAAAGAUUUAAUUGGUAGCAAAAUGUCAACACGAUAGAAAAAGAAUAUUACUAUAAUACUCCGUGGAGUGCUUUCUAAAGCAUUAUUAUUCGUUGCUAAAUAGAUUACUGUUGCAUGCUAAAGUAAAUAAAUUUGUGUAAAAUAUAUCUAUGAAAUAAAGAUUAUAUUUAGUCAAAAUGAAA